GGGCGCUGUCACGUUGUGAACUAGUGUCAUAACUAAUACUGGUGCAGCACAGCAGUGCUCUCCAGCCUGGGACUCUCUAACUACAACUCCCAGCAUGGCCUGACUGCCUUGCUCUGCUGUACAGAGGUGUCCUGGGCACAGAAUAUGGCAGCAAUGGAGACCCAGCCAUAGCAAAACCGUGCCCCCCAACCCAUUCCUCUACAACACUUCUGCCAUUGUCCCCAUUCACCUAGUGGGAGCAGAGCGUAAUCCAGCAGGACAUUACCCCUGUAUAUACCACUGUAAUCUGCAAUUAGGUAUCAUGGACUCUUCUCCUCCAGUUGGUGUAUGCCAUGAUAUGUGCCCGGAAAGAGAGAGACGAGACCGGGAAAGCCAAAGACGUCUGCAUCAGUUUGAAAUCCAGAAAGUUCAGUGUACAAAUAAGGGCCGUAGAGGAAAAGGCCAUCCUAUCGCUGAUCCCCAGAAGACUGUUAAGGAGUAUAGACGACCUGCAGCAGGAAAAGACGUGUCCCGUCCUAUAGACCUACGAACUCCUUCAACCCUAGCCAAAACUGUUCAGUAUCUCUUGAUGGACGUUUGGUCAAGUGUCAACUAUAGGGAUUUGUUGUGUUUGGCCAAAGCUUACGCUUUUGUAUUCGACCGCCUACGUGCUGUUAGACAGGACUUGAUAGUGCAGAGAAUUAGGGGGAAGGGCGGGGCUCUUGUUCUAGAAGGAAGCCUUGGGUUUUUGCUUUGUGCCCCCUACUUGGUGCGGGAUCUGCCAGUAGCCGACUACGAUGAAGUGCUGCACUCCACACAGGUGCGGGAAUGCUUUGCCGAACUGAUAGAUUGUUACAAAGGCGGUGGAGAAUUCCCCAGACAGGCUGAAUUUCAGUCUCUUCUACUCCUUUAUGACUUGGGUAAUCUAGAUACUAUACACAGAGGCCUGCAGCUUCCCUGUAGUGUCCGGCAAUCUCCACAUGUCUGUUUAGCUCUUGCUAUAAACAAAGCACAUUUAGAAAAUAACUGGGUACGACUCUUUCGCAUGGUGCAACAACUGAACUGCCUUCAGGCUUGUGCUUUUUAUCGCCACUUGGCAAGUAUCCGCAACAAGGUACUUUGCACUCUAAUACAUGCAUACAGCAGCCGAAACUGUCGCUUCCCUCUUGACCUCCUUACUACAAUGACAGCACUGGACAGCCCUUCACUUACAAUGGAUAUGUGCAACAAGCGAGGACAGACGGUAACAUCUGGAGAACAGUCUUCAGUCCUCUUUCUGAAAACUACACUCAAGGAUGUGAAGCCUGAAAGUCCAGGCAGAGAGAUCAACUUGGUGGAACAAAAGAAAGGUAAAGCAUCUUGGUCAGAAGUGAUGAUUGGAUGGGACCAGGUCAUCACAAAAUUGCCUCAAUAAUAUGACUAGAUUGUGUUUUCGGAAUAUAAACGGACUGGUGACAUAACAUUUUGAACAUUCUGCCGCUCUUCAGCAAAGCUCAGCUGCCCUUGGAUUUGGCGCACCUUCUAAUGAAUCUGCCACUUGAGCAGUUGCCCAUUUGCUUCACGUAGAAACCUAUGCUAGCUGGGAGCUUAUGUAGAUUUCUGUUAGAUUUACUAUAGUUUUUGUAAAUUAUAUCUAAAGCCACAGGUCACGGACUACUAUUUCAAGCAGUUUCCUUGCUGUUUUUGCUCCAUUGGGAAUCUAUUCCCCACCUUAAACUGAGAUCUAUACUGUUUGGGUUUAGUCUGCAGGACAUUGAUUUCCCUAUGGCUGUUGUGAUCUAUUUUAAAUAGUACGGUUAGGUUAUCAGAAUAUGUUAGAGAACUGGGAAUGACACAGAUAACUUGUAAUAUUUUAGCCUGUUUUAUUGGAGGUAAAAUUUAAAGUACAAAAUUGUUCAGUUCCAACUCCACUAGAGUGAUGUAGAAGAAUGCCCUGUUUUCAAGGCAUCAGGAGUAUUUUAUCAUGCUCCUGUUUUACCCAUAGCUUAGGACAGUGUUUCCCAACCAGAGUGCCUCCAGCUGUUGAAAAUGAACAACUCCCAGCAUGCUCGGACAGCCUUCAGCUGUCCGAGCAUGCUGGGAGUUGUAGUUUUGCAACAGCUGGAGGCCCCCUGGUUGGGAAACACUGGCUUAGGGUAUCACAUUAAAGGUUUUUCACACGGUAGUAGCUGCUUCUUGUUCAUAUCAAACUGAUCCCACGAUCAGCUGAUCACUCAUGAUCUUUUCUGGGGAACUUGUUUGCAACCACUGCAUAGUUUUAAAGGGGUACUCCGGUGGAAAACUUUUUUUUAUUUUUUUUAAAUCAACUGACACCAGAAAGUUAAAGAUUUGUAAAUUACUUCUAUUAAAAAAUCUUCAUCCUUCCAGUACUUAUUAGGGGCUGUAUACCACAGAGGAAGUUCUUUUUGGAUUUCUUUUCUGUCACGACCACAGUGCUCUCUGCUGACACCUCUGUCCAUGUCAGGAACUGUCCAGAGCAGGAGAAAAUCCCCAUAGCAAAC